AUGAAACACCGCAAUAAGAAGUCUCCUCAUCACCAUCGACCCUCGAUUUCAUCUUGUCUCCUUCUUCUCACUCUUGCUUUUCUCUUCUGUAUGAGCACCACUUUCCGAGAAAUCAUCAUCACCACCACUCAUGCCCAUCUCCUCGCCACUCCAAACUAUUGCAAUGGCAUUGCGAGUACAAGUACUUCUGUCUGUGGAGGACGAGGUCUCUGCGUGGGUCCCAAUUCCUGUCUCUGUAAAGACAUGUCUUCGAGCAAUACCUUGAUCUCGCCAGGAAGAUUAUUGGCUGGUCAAUCGCUCCUCUCAAGUAAUGGACUCUACAGGGCUGAGAUGGGAACGAAUGGUAACUUUAUUGUGUUUGGAGCAAGUUUGUGGCAAUCCAACACGGGUGGGAGUGGCAAUUAUUUGGAUCUCUCUUCGACGGGUUUGGCUGUCAACUCUAUUUUGAAUGUACCUUUAUCACUUUUAUUGGACUUGGUGGGUAAUUUGUUGAAUGGUUAUUUGGCUCCCUAUCGGUUGAUCAUGCAGAAUGAUGGAAAAUUAGUUUUGUACGAUUCCAAUGGUAAGGUGAUGUGGAACACUCCUACUGGUUCUUCUUCUCCUUCCACUUCAGACAACAUUCAAUAUGGAGGACCUUUCUGUACAAAUCCUUUCUGUGGUGGAUUCUUAUCCAAUGCAUUGGGUGUUUGUUCAGGAAAUGGUACAUGCAGUGCUCCAAAUACAUGUUUGUGUAACUCUGGAUUCACUGGUCAACUUUGUGAAACCUUUUUGUGUAAUGGAAUUUCUGCCCUGAGUCCUUUGGCUUGUUCUGGAAAUGGUAUUUGUAAUGGACCUAAUUCAUGUUCAUGCAAUUCAGGAUUCUUUGGACCAGUUUGUGAUUUAUUUAGUUGUGCAGGAAAGCUUGCGAAUAGUACCAAUGUGUGCAGUCAGAAAGGUUCUUGUAUUGCUCCAAACUUGUGUUCGUGUCUGACUGGUUAUUCUGGUGAGGAGUGUAAUCUUUUCAGUUGUCAUGGAAUUCUUUCGAAUAUUACCAAUUUGGUGUGUAAUUCACAUGGAACAUGCACUGCACCUGAUAAGUGUAUUUGUGAUUCCAAUUACUUUGGAUUGAACUGUGAUUUGUAUAAUUGCUUUGGAUUACUCAAGAACAAUAGUUUGGUUUGUUCUGGAAAGGGUCUUUGUAAUGGACCAGACAGUUGUUUGUGUGAUUCUGGAUUCUUUGGACCAGUUUGUGAUCUCUUCCAAUGUUUUGGUAAAUUACACAACGCUAGUGAUGUUUGUAGUGGUAAUGGAGUUUGCUUGGGUCCAAAUACUUGUCUCUGUAAACCUGGAUAUAUUGGAGAUCAAUGUGAACACAUGGCAUGCAAUGGAAUUUUGUCAAAUUUGACAGGUCUUGUCUGCGGAGGACAUGGUACCUGUGCAGCUCCUGAUACAUGCAUUUGUGACAAUAACUUUCUUGGUAUUAAUUGUGAUCUGAGACAAUGUUUUGGAUUAUUGAGUAAUAACUCACUCGUUUGCUCUGGAAAGGGUCUUUGUAAUGGACCAGACAGUUGUUUGUGUGAUUCUGGAUUCUUUGGACCAGUUUGUGACCUCUUCCAAUGUUUUGGUCAAUUACACAAUGCAAGCAAUGUUUGCAGUGGCCACGGUGUUUGCGUGGGCCCAGACAAAUGUCUAUGUUUACCAGGUUAUAUUGGAGAUCAAUGUGAACACAUGGCAUGCAAUGGAAUUUUGUCAAAUUUGACAGGUCUUGUCUGCGGAGGACAUGGUACCUGUGCAGCUCCUGAUACAUGCAUUUGUGACAAUAAUUUCUUUGGUAUUAAUUGCGAUCUGAGAAAAUGUUUUGGAUUAUUGAGUAAUAACUCUCUCGUUUGUAAUGGAAAUGGACUUUGUGGCAAUACGGACAGUUGUCUUUGUUUAAAUGGGUUUACUUCACCAAACUGUAGUAUUGAUAUCCGUCCAUUCACCAUCUCAUUGUCAACAUCACAAGCAUUUGUUCUAUGGAAUGAAACAUCCUUCUCUGUUUCCAUUCUUCCCUCCAUUUCACUCAGUCCAAACUUGAACUUUGGAUGGGAAUGUGAAAAUUGUGGCAAUGAUGCUGUUUUUGUUGGAGGAAAAAACGUCAAGAUGCUGACCAUUAACCCAAGUCUUCUCUCUUAUCCUGGCAGUUAUAUUUUCAAAGCCAAUGCUUCCUUCUUUAAUGGAUUGUUGUAUCCAAGUCGACUCUCCAAUCUUGUGACUUUUAAUUUGACACUUGUCAAGGAUGUGAAUUUGGUGUGUCUUGUGAAUUGUACCAUUGAUCCUAUCCUUCCACCUCUUCCAAACAACAACACUCGCCCAAUCGUAGGUCCUACACUUAUUGAGCUUGGACUUCCAAAGUUUAUUGUCAGAGCCAAAAAUCAAGCAUUGACCACUUUGGAUCUGAACUCUGCCAUUACAGGUCUAAAUUUCACAUCCUUGUCAUGUGCUCUUCCUCUUGUGUUUGAUUGGACUCUUAUUGAACAAACAGGAUCGACUUACACAACGAUUGUUUCCAAGUUUGGACAAAGUCCAAUAUCACUGAGUCUUAACAAUAGUGUGACAUUUGAAGGUCUCAUUCGAAUUACAGAAACAGUCCAAGUGAAACCAAACACAACUGCCUUUGUGUUGAAUUUUAACUUUAACUGUUUGUUAGACACUAUUUCAGUCCAAUCGAUCACCAUUCCAGUAUUACAACCUUCAAAUCCACCCACCACGAAUAUUAAUUCUUUAAUUUCCAUCAUUCCAGCACAAGGUGUGGCAUUGACAGAUUCGUUCAAUAUUCAAUUCACACCAUGGAAAGCAGAUUCAGCACUUUUACCACUCAAGUAUGCGCUUGGAUUUAUUGAUGAACAUUUGCAAAAAGAAAUUCGAUUGACCGAUUUCACAACCUCAACGACCAUUUCUACGAUAUUACCAUUUUUGAAAAACAAUGUCACGAGUGGAUUGUUUAAGCCAGUCGUGUUUGUGAUGGAUAAUCUUGGAACGAUUGAAUCAGUUGCCAUUUCUCAACCAUUGGCACAAGUUCAAAAAUUUGUUGGAAGUGCCGUCGAGUUGUUACAAAAAACAGCGAAUUCUACCAUUGCUUCAUUUGAUCGUUCCUUCACUGUACUCAAUCCUUUGGAGCAAACAAAAAUCAUUUCUCAAAUUGCAAAGAAUAUCAUCAUUGAUGUCAAAGAUCCACUUCAGGGAUUGGCUCAAUUAAUCUAUCUUUCCAGCAAUCAAACUUUACUGACCAAAGACAUUGUUUCCUCAUUGACUAACAAGUUAAUUGAUUUUGUCAACUCCACCACCACAGUAUACAGAAGUGAAAGAUCCUUAUUUGGAAGAGUGAGUUCUAAACUUUCAGAAACCAAUGUCUUGACCACACUGAGCAUUGCUUCGAACAUGCUUGCCUCAAGUGUUGCAUCACAAACUACGAUUGGUGCUAUUGAACAGAUGGCUUCCAUGCUUAUAUUAGGAGAAGAAGCUGUUGUUUUGAAGACUCGUGAAAUUCCUACAAAGGUUUAUGCAUCUUCAGGUUUUAACAUGAUCAUUUCCAAAUUUAGAUACAAUGGUGACAUUUCCUUUGAUGGAUGGAAUACCUUAACAGUGAAUGGUCUCGAAAUACUUCGAUUCAAUGUUUCCUAUCUCUUGAACAAGUACAAUGCAUUUUCAAAAGAUAUUGGAAUUUCAUUGAUUGCAUUCACAGACAAUUUCAUUCUUUCUGAUCUCUAUUUAAACACUCAAAACAGAACCAUACUUUCCAAUAUUAAUGAUGUUCGAUUCUACCUCAAUGAUGAAGUACUCAUUCUUCAAGAUUUAGAACAACCACUCAUUUUGAACUUCCCAACCACCCAAGUGACCAUUUCUUCUCAAAAUUCUUCUCAAAAUAUUCUUUCAUGCAGAUAUUGGGAUGAUCAGAAAGCAAUGUGGAGUGAUUCUGGAUGUUUGUUAUUGGGUGGUAUGGAAUCGAUUCAAUGUUCCUGUAAUCACACGACCAUGUUUUCGACAUUUUUGGAAAGAAACUCCACACAAGUGAUCCUUUCACAAGAUUAUAUCUUUGACACGACUGUGGUCUUGUAUUAUUCUCAAGCUGUGUUUGGAUUUAUCAUGUUCCUUUUAAGCUCUUGCAUUUUAUUGAUUUUAAUUUUAUACAGAAAAGAACAACCUGUCGCGAGUCGAUUAGUGACACCUUAUUUGGGAAAUAUUGCUCUCAUGAUUGAAAGUGCUAUUGCCUUUGCCAUUCAUAGAAGUGUCUUACUUGCUGGAAUUUAUGAUUCGAGUGAAAGCAGAAGAAAUGAUUUUGACUUUGCUGCCAAUGUCAUUUCCAAUAUUGUGACCAUUCUUGUCAAUACUUUGAAUUUAACUGCCAUUCUUGCUUAUUUGAUUCAAGUGUGUCGAUAUCAACUCAUGAAAUAUCUUCACAAACUUUUACACAUCAUUCGAAAAGGAAAAGAACAAGAUAUGGAUCGACGAUUGAAAAUUUUGAGAUUUUUCACAUCGAAUGGAGUAUUUGCAACCAUUCUCAUCGUAUUCGCACUUGUCAAUGUGUGUUAUUGGACUCUUUGGGUUGCAUUAAGAAGAAGCAAUCAAAUUGAUGCAGAUACUUUUACUUACAUUGUUGCUGUGAGUUAUGCAUUUGUUUCAUUGAGUUUGGGAGCUCUCAUUUCAUUGGUUUCUCUUUUCGAUUGGAUGUUAUCGAACUAUCGUUCCACUAGUAAGAACAAGAAGAAAAAUACUUCUCCUCACAACAAUGCAAGUAGUGUACACAUCGAUGUGACAAGUACUACUUCUUCUUCAGAGAACAAGAAAAAGGAAUCUCCAUUGAAGAGAAUUCACGAUUGGUUUGUCACAUUGGAUGGUCCUCUGUAUUUUAGAAUUGAAAUGAUGCUCUAUGUGUUGAGUUUUGUGUUUCUGAUUGUGAAUCAAGCGAUUGGUCUCUCCACUCUGAGUAUGAGAACGAAUCGAGAUGUAUUUGCGAUACUUUUCAAUCCUGUGGUGGUUUUGGAUACGAUUACUUUUAUAUUUGAAAUUCUCUAUGCUGUGACGUAUUUGUUUGUGUUUGGAGGAUUUGCAUUAUUAAUUGCUGUCAAUUAUAAGAAGAGUCGAAAGAAUGCAGAAAAGCAAUCAAAGAACCAAUCCACAAAUAAUGCAGAUGAUGAUGAAGUCAAUGAAGAAUUGCAACUCGUUCUUGUUCAUGAAGAGGGAAAGGCAUUGUUUGAAAAACAAGCUAUUAAGGAAUUGGCAUCUGAAAACUUUUACAUUUACUUUGAUAUUAUGGAGAAUAAGAAGAUUGUGAGCAUGGGCAAUAUUAGUGACAUUACAUUAUUCUUGUCCCAUUUGUAUAACAAGUACAUCAAGUCGUAUGCUUUGGCAGAAGUGAACAUUCCUUCCAAAUGUAAAAACAACUUUGUGGAUGUGUAUAAGAAGGUACUCAUGAUGGCUAAAGGUUCUGAAGCAGCCUCUCUGCAACACAUUAUUGAUGAUUGUAAUCAUUUUGGAUUGAACAAGGCAGGAAACACUCACUUCUCAAUGGAUCCUAUGGUCUCAAACGAUGGCCAACAAUUCUCUGCAUUGUCUAAGAGUGUCGAAGAAAUGUUGGACAAUUUGAAACAAGAGAUUAUGACCAACCUGAGUGACACCUUCUCACGCUUUGUUUUGACCAACGAGUACAAGUUCUUUGUGCGCUGUGUUGAUCUUCAACAGCAAAUGAGAGAGAUUACAUACUUCAAAUGA